CCGAUUUUACGCUGUUACAGGACGGUCGCAGCGCUGCCGCGCCCCCUGCCACCCCCUCCCUGGAUGACCUCCUCGCCUCCCUCGCCGCCGCCACCGCCGCCACCCCGGACCCUAGUCCCGACAGUGGAGUGGCUGACAUAGUCCGGCGGCUCAUCCUGGACACCGCAGGUCCCGCAGUCUACCCGCCGCCGCCCUCACCUGACCCGCCAUCCCCGCCGCCAACCCCUCCGCCACCACCACCACAACACUCUCUGUCCCCGCCACCUCCCCCCGAAGGCAGGGUCCGCAAACCUCCCAAGUCCCCAAAGGCACCCAAAGCCCCCAAGGCUCCUAAAGCACCCAAAGCGCCCAAAGGUGACAGCCUGCCGCCGCCGCCGCCACGCAAUGGCAAGCGCAGCCCACCUCCGCCACCUCCCAGCCAGCCGCCGCUUCCACAGCAGUCACCCAGCCCGCCUCCCAGCCCGCCCCCGAACCAUCCCAAAAGCCCCUCCCCUCCCCCUCCACCACCUUCCAGUCCGCCGCCGCCACCGCCCAAG